ACGAUUAGAUUUUAGUAAAACAAAAAAAAAAAAAAAAAAAAAAACCUUCCUUGAGCGGAGCGUUCCUUCCACUUAUUACAUCACAUGUUCUUCAACAGCUGAUCGGAAUCCUCAUUCCUCGAUUUCAUAACUCCGGCGAUGUCCACCGGAAUUGAAGAACAGAAACACACAGAAGAAAAAAUGGAGGUGAAGAGAAAAAGGGAAGAAAAAGAAGAAGUAGAAGAAGAUAAAACGGCAUCACAAAACCAAGAAAGAAGGGGCAAAUCUUGCAAAGGCACCCUCUACUAUUCUUCCCUCCUCAAAUCCAAAGGCAUUAAUCCUCGUUGUGUUGGCUUCACUCGUUCCCUCCAACAAGUGCCUAGCUAUAUUGUAAGUGAAUCUGAAGUGGAAGCCUCGAAAGAAGGACGAAGUCUCACAGAUUUCAAGUAUGCUUGCGUUGGUUACUCCAUUUAUCUGAAUAAUAAAAACGAAAAUACUCCUCCAAAUGGCGAACAAAAUCCACGAGCAGAGCUUCCUGUUUGUGUUGGUGUUGAGCUUUUGGUGGACAAAAGGCCUGCUGAUCAUACCGCCCCUGCUCCUGCCACCGCCCAUGCGCAAAACAAGGAAGAUGAUCGCGGGAUUCCUCAAUCCCGGCCGCCUAAAACAACUCAUCUUAUGGGGGAGGAGUUCCUUACGCGAUUUUCAAGAAAUGCAGGCCUUGUUGCCUCCGGAGUAGCUAGAAACAUGCGAAAAGUAGGGAAUUACGUGAAAGAAAGUGUUGACGAUAUACUCUAUAGACGUCCAAAAUAAAACGGCCUCUUCUAAUUUACAGGAAUGCAGAAACAAGUUUGCAUCAACAAUUGUUAAGUGUUUAGUUUUGUAACCCUUUUCCCUGAAUUUUUAUUUUUCAUGUCAGGAAAGUGUAUAUGCAUGAUUUUGUUCCCGGGCUGUUCUCGGCCGUGUAAUAUAAGUGAUUCAAUGUAUAAAUUUUUGCAACCUAGACUUGAAAUGUAAUAAGCUCCUUAAUUUGAGCUAAUGUUCCAAA